UUACCUUCUGAUUUACCAACAGAUUGAGAAUGGGAAGACUGCGGCUACAGAUAUUGGUUAUGGUGGUAACGAUCACCAUUUUGUUUUUAUCAGUAAGUUGAAGCGCUUUUUAUAUUCUUGACCUUAUAAAAGAUUAUAAGACAUAUAAAUACAAGUACUGUAAGAUUCUUGAAAUCAUUAAAAAGCUUAGGCUCCAUUAAGGUCUAAUCUAAUUUAAAAUGCCAUUUUAAUUUGCCUUUGUUCAGUCAGAUUACUUUUUAUUGCUCAGGUUUUGGUCAAAAUAAUGAUUCAUGGAAUUAUUUGUUAUUGAUCAUUCAAAGAGUUACUUGUUAACUUGACAGCCUGGUCCCCAGCUUUACACUGCUACAUUCAAUGUUUCUCCAAGAUGAAAUUAUACACCGGGAGGCAAUUUAGCAGUGGCGGUAUUUUGUCCACAAGAGGAUCGUUGAGCAUGCAGUUCAACAUUUGCAUCUUUUGGACAAACAUCAAAUAUAGCAGAGUUCAUGAGAUCAUAUUUUAAAUGUAAUAAGGGCUACCAUGUCUUUCUAUUUCAGGUGUGUCGAGACAACCAUUGCCAAUUGAAUAUUCUUUCACAUUACCUUAAAGUCAACCACACUACCUUUACCACUGAUACUCCAUAUGUUACCACUCAUACCCCAUAUAUUACCACUCAAACUCCACAUGUUGAUAUUUGUAAUGGAAUCACCAACAGGACAUUUACGCCAACCAAUGACUCCUUAAUAAGUAAAGAGGAAUGGGAAUCUCUGGUCACAAAGCUACAAUGGUCAUUACCGCCUGUUGACCUCUUAUCCACAGAUGAGGCCACAAACCCCACUAAGUGCUCAUUCUCUGUUGUCAACCCCAAUUCAAACCACAGAGUUGGAGGGUUUAUAGAUGUGAUUUUGAUAGCUAGAGAUACUAAAAACAGGAUCAAAACCUAUGGAGGGGACUUUUUUCAGGCCAAGUUGUUCAACGCAGAACUUAAGGCCAGUACUUAUGGAGCUGUAACAGACCACUUUAAUGGCACCUACACUUCCCGCCUGGCCCUGCUUUGGCCCGGACCUGCCAAGGUGUCCAUCCGCCUAGUGCACUCCAGUGAGGCCGUGCAGGUACUGUGUAGGCACAGGGAACAGGACCCAGAUAAGGUCUACUUCCAAGGCUACUUUGAGGAUGGUGGCAUGCAGGAAACAGUGAUGUGCAAUGCCCAGAGAAGUCCUAGGCUGGUGGGGAACAGCUCGCAGUGUUGCUGUGAGUACAGAGAGCCAGUCACCGGAGAGUCCUGGUUCUGUCGUCGGCCAUCUUUCCUGCCCUGCCAUGCUUUGACCUACCAUAGCAUGGGUGGUUACCAGGCAGUACUCUCCAAGUUGGAGACAACUCUUCUUAAGAGGUAGAUAUCUUUAAAUCGGUUGUCAAAUGCAGCUUGGGGUCAUUGUUUACCACCAUCUGAUUUAAUGUGGCCCUCUUGUUAUCCACAACACAAUCCUAUCCUAUUAUUUGAAAAUAUUUUAUGUUGGGAAAGAGGAACUCAAUAACAUUGGUGAAUGACAAUCAUGCUGUUCAGAAAAUAAGUAAAUUGCUGUAGACCACAAUGUUAGCAGAAUGUGUACAAACCAUGACUGCACUGCAUCCUGUUCCAUUACUUAAUGGGUAGUGUCUCAAAUUAUGAUUGUUUGUUCUUCACACUCAAAUAAUAUUCAUUUUUUGCAGAUUCACAAACAUUAUUGUACCAUAUGAUAAUUCAGUUGACAUGUCCAGCAACAGGGCAAUGAACCCUAAGUCCCUACACAUUUCCCUUCCCUCACUGUUACUUUAAUACCAAAUACACAGAUACAGGCAGUUACCUUGGGUUACGUAAUACCACUACAGAAUACAAAGCAGUUCCUUGGGUUACGUAAUACCACUACACAGAACAGCAGUUCCUUGGUUAUUGUAAUACCAUUACACAGAAUACAGCAGUCCUUGGGUUAUGUAAUACCACUACAAAGAAUACAGCAGUACCUUGCUACCUCAUAAGUCACCAUUCUUAACAAGGUCAUAUCCUUUGUUAUACUGGUUAAACCUGCUUGAUCACAACUUGAAACUGGUGUGAUUACACAAACUCAGCGUCCUCUAUUUGACUAACCUUACCCCCAUACAUGACUCGACCCCUGUAUAUUUAUUUUACUUAUUUAUUUAGUAUAUUUCUUAACUUUUAAGCAUUGUUGGUUAAGGGCUUGUAGUAAGCAUUCAUCACGUAUUCGGCACGUGAAAUACAUUUAUUCAUGCUAGCGAUGCAGAUUCGGCUCAAUGAUCUAACAAUGUUCUCUCUCUCUAGGUCCAAACAAAAAGCGCCUGGUUUGAACAAACGCCAGUACCGUUCUGGAUUCUCCUCCAGAAUCGCUGACGUCCAUGUGUGUGACUCAAAUCAUUCCUCAGCUAAACUGAUAUCUGGAUGCCUGAAGGACAAACAGAUCCUUAUGAUGGGUGACUCCACUCUCCGUCAAUGGUUGGAGUACCUGGAGAAAACUUUGCCAAGUAAGAUAUAGUCUGUAAUCCUUUCAGUGUUAAGAUACUCAUAUAUGUGGUUAUGUAUUACUUUGGGUGGCCUCAUUGGCCGUACACCCCAAGAUUGGAAACAUUCUUGCAGGUAGCUGCCACCAUUUUGUGGGUGUUGGGAAACACCUGAAAAUGUGUUGGGUUGAAUUCCAUUUUACAUUGAAAUUCCAAUUCAAUUUUUUCAUUCACUCAUGAAGCAGUGAAUUUACUUGGAAAUCAAUUCGAAUUGUAACAAUCUAUUGAUUCAAUUGAUCAUAUCAAUGGAAUUUUAUUGGAAUUAGACUGUUUCAAUUGGAAUUGUAACAAAAAUGUAAAUCUUUGGAAUUUAAUUGAAAAUACAUUUUUGUGGGGGAUAUUUCCCUUUUAAUGGUAAUUAUGGUUGAAGUAUCAAAAUUGACUGCCGGAUUUGAACCCAACAUGAUCCUUCUGCAGCACUGAAACGCCUGAACCUUCACACAUCAAGCAAAUCGGGCCCCCUUUGAGGCAGUCGACACCCAGUCCAACACCCGUAUCAUCUGGCGGGCCCAUGGGAUACCUAUACGGACGAGCAAGACCCCCUGGGCUGACCUCCACUACAUCGCCAGGGAGGUGGAGGGUCUGGCAGGGGGUGCACACUCUGUAGUCGUCUUCACCAUCUGGGCUCAUUUCACCACGUACCCACUGGCUAUGUAUGCACACCGUCUGGUCGUCAUCCGUAGGGCUGUGGCGUCGCUGCUAAGAAGAUCUCCCACUACUCUGGUAGUGAUCAAAUCAGCCAACACGGGCUACAAGGAUGUGUACGGCAGCGACUGGCUCUCCUGGCAGCUCGACAUGGCUCUAAAGGAAAUAUUCAGGGACUUGCCCGUGGUCCGUAUUGACGUUUGGCAGAUGACCUCCUGCCACUAUUCUCCGGAUAACAUUCACCCGCCCCCCGUGGUGAUCCAAAAUGAAGUGGACCUCUUCCUGUCCUUUGUUUGUCCACAGUGA